CCUUUUUUAAUGUCCAAGAAAAAAAUAAUGUUGUUUUUCUAAGUCCGAUACAUUAAAGUCGAUCGACCUCAGGUUGGUAAUUUCGAUCUAGGUUUACCGAAUCCUGUUUGUAGUAAAAAUAUCUGGCAAAAGAUUCAAAUUUAGGCUCUGUUUAUGCGAGUACUGUAAAUGUAAUACUGAAUGACUAUGAAUGAAAAAAAGAAAAAUAUAACAUUGUUAUAUGACGACGACAAACAAAAAACAAAAUAAGUCUUUCUCUGAAAGAAAAUGAUGACAUGUACUUUCUAUGAAUAUUUUUUAAUAAUAGUUGUGAAACGAUUCUCUCGAAGUCGUAAUGAUAGAUAUAUUGAAAUAAGAAAGAGUAUUAAAAUUAUAAGGAAAUUAAAAAGUAUACUUUAUUGUUUGACAAUCUCUGAUAAUAUUACUGAUUUAUAAAUACUAAAGAUCCACUAUAAAUUAUAAAUGUUCUUUGCAAUAUAGAGUGUUGUUAACGAUAUUAACUUCAUUUGUAUUUUAAAAUUUCAAUACAUAAUAACAAAGAAAUGUACAGAAAAAUACUAUUAUCGGUUCAAAUGAAGAAACAAACAGAAUGAAAUAAAUAUUGUAUAUUGUUCAAUCUAACAGACUGAUCAUUUCUGUACGAAAAUAACAUGAUGUAAUAGAGAUUUUUAUAAAUAAUAUGAAUAUUUUCUAUCUUUUUCUACCGUCUGUGUAAGACAUCUUUCGAUAUUUAAUAGGCUACAUUCUUUUGUUUUUCAUUGCACGCUUGUAAAAUAUCGACGUAAAAAAAAAGUUGUUCGAUAUUUUUGGAUCGUUCGUUCUGACCGUACUUUUGCUCUAUUACUUUGCAAUUGACUCUAUCACCAUCACGAUUAGUCUGUAUCCUACCUACAUUCAUAUUCGAGAAGAAAACGUCAGUAUAAAAAUUGCAAAAUUAUGCCAUUACAUCUUCAACAUAUAUUUGAUCAAAUACCAUUACCAUCCCUUCAAUAUUAUACAAUAAUUAGUACUUCAUUAUUAUUUGGUAAUAUUUUCUAUGUUCAUCAUUUAAUGCAAUCAAAUAAAAACGAUUCAUCGAUUAUUAUUAAUUCAACAAAUGAAACAAUCAUAAAUGGACCGAUAAAUAAUCAAACAAUUUUCUAUUCAAUUGAAAAACAUUUUUCUUUUGCUUAUAUUCGAACAUUAGUAUCUAUCAUCAUAUCUCAAUCAUUUUCACUUCUGAUACUUGUCAAUGCUAUUUAUUGUUCAAUAGCUUUAGCUGUAAAACAAUUACAAACAUUAGUUUUUGGUGAAUUACGUCCUACUGAAUUACAACGUAUAAAAGAUAAAUUUUGGAAUUAUGCAUUUUAUAAAUUUUGUUUUCUCUUUGGUGUACUUGGUUUAGAAAAUCUAAAUGAACUUAUCCUUUGGUUAUCAUGGUUUUUUACUUUAGGCAUUACUAUUCUUUGUUGUCAAUUAGCUAAAGAUCGAUUGGAAUUAAUAUCAGUUUCUAUAUCAAUUCGUCGUCAAACAUUUAUCAAAAUUUUCUGUUUACUUAUUUCAUUAAUUUGUUUAUGUUUUGGUUUAUUUACAAUUUGUUUUCUUAUUGGUUUAAAAUAUGGAGGUUUAUCAAUAUGUUUUUUUAUGUUAGCUGAAACAAUAUUAUUAACACUUGAUAUAAGUUAUCUUUUGUUUAAAUAUAUAUAUAUUCAACAACAACAAACUAAUCAUUUGCAAACAUCAAAUGAAUAUCGUUCAAAUGUUAUUUAUUAUGUUGAAUUAUUAUUUGAUAUAUUAACAUUAACCAUUGAUAUACUACAUCAUUUACAAAUGUUAUUUUAUCAUCAAACAUAUAUGUCAAUGUCAUCAUUAAUAUUUUUUAUGCAACUAAAACCAUUAUGUAAUGAGUUAAUACAACGUUUAAAACGACAUAAAUUAUAUCGUAUGGCAAUGAUACGUAUGAAAAAGAAAUAUCCAUUAUUAACUAAAUAUGAUCUUGAAGAAAAAUAUCGUCAACAAAAUCAUCUGUCAACAUUAGAAGAAGUUUGUUCGAUUUGUUGGGAAAAAUUUGAAAAAGCUAGAUGUUUACCAUGUGGUCAUUUAUUUCAUGAAAAUUGUCUUCGAAAUUGGCUUGAACAUGAUACAACGUGUCCAAUUUGUCGUUUAUCUUUACAUGAAGAUACCAUUCAAGCAACGUCUACUAAUCCUACUCCAAUUCAAUCAACAUCUAAUUUUCGUUUUUGGCCGUCUUUAUCUCUUACAGGUGUUACAACAAAUGCUGAUAAUUUAACUAUUAAUAAUGGCCAACGUCAACGACGUAAUCAUUUAUUUCAUUUUCGUACAAAUCGUUAUUCAUCAUGGUUACCAACUUUUUCAAUUGAAAUAAAUCAUAAUUUUCCAUUUCGUCGUGGUCGUUCGCGUCUUACCAAUAUACAAUUAACAGCUAUGGCUCAAAAUAUUCAACAAAUAUUUCCACAAGUUCCAUUUGAAAUUAUUCUUUCUGAUUUACAACGGACACAAUCCAUGGAUACUACGAUUGAGAAUAUUAUUGAACAACGUAUUCAUCUUGAAUCACAACAACAAGAGAUAUUAGAAUCAGAAGAAUCAUCUUAUAUGUCACCAUCAUCAUCAUCUGAAAUUGAUGUAUCGAUUGAUACAAAUUUAUUAUCGGAUUCAUCCCGAACGAUACAAAAUAAUGAUGAAAAUUUUACAUGGCCAUUAGAUCCACAUUUAUCAUUUGCUGAUCGGAAACAACGAUUAAUCUCAUACAUGCGACGGCAAUAUCUUGAACACGAACGUCAUCUUCAUUGA